AUGAAGUUGUUCAGUUUCCCCGGACAAGGCAGUAGUAUCAGUCUUUCAGCAUUGAAUAAAUGGUGCCAAUCGUUGUCAAGUUUUCAGGACAAAAAUAUCAAGGCUUCCGGUUUGCUCCGUUAUGUGGGAGAGAAUUUAAGUAAGCCAGGGUCGAUUGCAAUUUGUUCGAAUCUGCUUUAUGAGCAUUGGCGGAAUUGUGAUGUUGGUAACGGCGGGGAGGAACGGGUAAUGGUGGGUCAUUCUUUGGGGGAAUUGGGUGCUUUGAAUGGUAGUGGGGGGAAUGAGUUGUUUAGUUUGCAAGAGAUCUUUGAGAUUGCGAGUUUCCGGCAUGAACUCAUGAAACGUGCGACGUUGGAGUACUUGUCAAGGCAGGCUUUUGGUGAGGCAGCAAAGUUUUCGCUUUGGGCAUUGACAUGUCCUCGUUCGAAGGACUUGAGAGGGGAUUUAGGGUUGCGUGGUUCGUUAAGCCUUGCAAAUCAUAAUAGUUUAAAGCAAUGUGUAAUUACGGGGUUCCGUAGGGACUUGGAAGCUUUGGAGCUCCCCCGUCUUACGAAGGUAGUGGAACUCGUGAACCCUGAUAAUGUUCCGUUCCAUGAUGAGCGCAUCCUGCAUGGGAUCAAGGAACGCUUAUACGAGUACAUGUGGGUAAAGCUCCAGGAUAAUGGUAACCACACCAGGACUCUUUUGGAUCAUCCAAUUAUCAGCGGGCUUGAUGGAAAGAUGACAUAUAAGCUGCACACUGCUUUAGAAAAGUUUGUUCACUCCAGCACCAAGACAGUUGAGUUUGUAGAAUGCUGCAAGACUGCAAAAGAGAUGAACAUUGAACAUGCAGUUCAUAUUGGACCUGGCACAUUGAUUGGCAAACUAGUAGAACGAAAUACCGGUAUCCCGAACCACGUGUGGAUUGGAGGGUCGGAGGAAGAGAACAAGUAG